AUGUCGUUUCGCGAUCUCGAAGUUUUCGAGGCAAUUAGGCGCGACGACCUUGCUUACAUUUUGGCAUGUAGGCCUGAGAAGCCAUUGGCUGGCCUUUUACCAGAAGAUGCACAUCCAAUGCUUCUCAAUGACCCAUCUCCAUUGAUGGUUUCUGCUUUUUUCGGGGCAACUAAAUGUUUUAAGUACUUCUUGCCAAGGAUUUCGAUUGAUUAUAAAGAUGCUUGCGUUCUUCAUUUAUUUUUAAGAGACACUGCUUACAUUUUGCCGCUGCUGGUGGAAAUCUUUCGUUAUUUAAUUACUUUAAUUAUGGUUCUCAAACAACAGAACUCUUCGAUGAUGAUGACAAUACUCCAUUGCACAUAG